UCUUCCUCGCUCGUUAUCAACUAUUAUAGUGAUAUUUGCUAAGCGAAUAAUGACGAAAGUUACAUACAAGGAAAAUCGCAAGAUAGGAAUUUCUGAAGUCUAUUAUAUACAUAGAAAAGAGCACUUUACAACCAAUGCUGCUUAUGAAAAAGUUAAUAUUCUUUCAGAAUUUUGCAAACUUUCUUGUACUGAGGGCAUCAUGAUGGAAGUGUUGGGGCCUGAACAAGAAGUAUUACUGGACUUUUCCUCUUUCACUAAAUUUUUUGAAAAGCUUGUAAAUUUUUUAAGUCACCACUAUGCUUGUGUUGGGAUGCAGGAGUCUGCAAAGCAAUUGAAUUUCUCAUAUCAGACAGACAAUUUAACAACGACGUUUACAAUAAAAAACAAUGUCUUUCGGUUUUCCGUUGACACGUGGGGCGUCACUAUUAUUUCUUGCGAUUUUUUAGUGAAAAGCGAAAGUAAAGUUUUAUCUGAAUGGUUUUUUUAUAAAUAUUGCUUCAUGUAUGGAAGUCUUUUGCUUGAGGAUUUUCAUUCUUUUUGCUGCAUAUUGGGACUUCCCAUGUGCGCUAUCAAAGCUCUUAUUCCGGCGCUUGAACUCGAACUUCGACUCCCUCACAGCAUUUCUCUACUGACCAGCAAGCCUUCCUAUUUCACUAAAAAUUCAGAGUCUCUUUACAACUUUUCUCAUAUUUUUUAUGAAAAUGAUAAGAUUUACGUUUGGACCCGCUUUACGCUUCAUACUUCUUUUUUCUUUCUACUUAUAUUUGAUAUAAACUCGAAUGUCGUUGAAAACUGCAGCCAACUUGAGCAGGAAGAAUUGCAAAUGCUCAAUAGAAACGUGGAGCUAAAAGUUGAAACUUUCUUAAAAAAACUGGCUAAUUCGAAAGAAAAGCCGGAAAACUGCUUUGAUUGGGUUCUUCUACAGUUGCUUGAAUUUUUAAAAGACUGUGGAAGCUAAUAAACUUGAGAAAAAAAAAUGUUAUGACGCGCAGUAAACAAUAUCCUGAGCCUAAUUUAUGUUUUUUUUAAGCGAGGAUUUAUAUGUACCACCAAAAAG